AAUUACAAAACGCGGUUUUUGAGACCAGUACAGUUGGAGCUAGGGAGAGAGGGGGAGAAAUAGAGACGGGAACUUCAGGAGAGGCUUGGAGGCCUUGGACGUACUUUUUACUCCAUGUAUAGGAUUUUCAUUGUGGAUUGACAUUGGAGGAGAAGAUUUCCGGAGCUAUGGGGACGUCCCGCCAGGCCUUCCUGGUCUUCGGCUGUCUCCUCACAGGGCCGAGCCUAAUCCUCUGCCAGCUCUCAUUACCCUCUAUCCUUCCAAAUGAAAAUGAAAAGGUUGUGCAGCUGAAUUCAUCCUUUUCUCUGAGAUGCUUUGGGGAGAGUGAAGUGAGCUGGCAGUACCCCAUGUCUGUAGAAGAGGACCCCAAAGUGGAAAUCAGAAAUGAAGAGAACAACAGUGGCCUUUUUGUGACAGUGCUGGAAGUGGUCGGGGCCUCGGCAGCCCACACUGGAUUGUACACUUGCUAUUACAACCACACGCAGACAGAAGAAAAUGAAGUUGAGGGAAGGGGUAUUUAUAUCUAUGUGCCCGACCCAGAUGUGGCUUUCGUGCCCCUAGGGAUGACAGAUUAUUUAAUCAUCGUGGAGGAAGAUGAUUCUGCAGUCAUACCUUGUCGCACCACGGAUCCAGAGACUCCUGUAAUCUUACGCAACAGUGAUGGGCUGGUGCCAGCCUCCUAUGACAGCAGGCAGGGCUUCAAUGGCACCUUCAGUGUGGGGCCCUACAUCUGUGAGGCCACUGUCAAAGGGAGGAAGUUUCAGACCAUCCCAUUUAAUGUCUACGCUUUGAAAGCGACAUCAGAACUGGAUCUAGAAAUGGAGGCUCUUAAAACUGUGUACAAGUCAGGGGAAACGAUCAUGCUCACCUGUGCUGUCUUUAACAAUGAGGUGGUUGACCUAAAGUGGAAGUACCCUGGAGAAGUGAAAGGCAAAGGCAUCACGAAGCUGGAGGAAAUCAAAGUCCCAUCCAUCAAAUUGGUGUACACUUUGACGGUCCCCGAGGCCACGGUGAAAGACAGUGGAGAUUACGAAUGUACUGCCCGCCAGGCCCUUACGGAGGUCAAAGAAAUGAAGAAAGUCACCAUUUCUGUCCAUGAGAAAGGGUUCGUUGAGAUCAAACCCACCUUUGGCCAGUUGGAAGCUGUCAACCUGCAUGAAGUCAGACACUUUGUGGUGGAUGUGCAGGCCUAUCCCCCUCCCAGGAUAUCCUGGCUGAAAGACAACUCAACUCAUGAAAAUCUCACCGAGAUCACAACUGAUGUGGAAAAGAUUCAGGAGUUAAGGUAUCGGAGCAAAUUAAAGCUCAUCCGUGCUAAGGAGGAAGACAGUGGCCACUAUACAAUUGUAGUUCAAAAUGAAGAUGAUAUGAGGAGCUAUACUUUUGAACUGUUAACUCAAGUUCCCUCAUCCAUUCUGGAGCUAGUCGAUGCCCAUGGCUCUGGUGGGGGACAGACUGUGAGGUGCACAGCUGAAGGCGUACCUCUUCCUGACAUUGAGUGGAUGAUUUGCAAGGAUAUUAAGAAAUGUAGUAAUGAGACUUCAUGGACAAUUUUAGCUAAUAAUGUCUCAAAUAUCAUCACGGAGAUCCACCCCCGAGAUGGGAGUACUGUGGAGGGCCGAGUGACAUUUGCCAAAGUGGAGGAGACAAUUGCAGUUCGAUGCCUGGCUAAGAAUCUCCUUGGAUCUGGGAACCGAGAGCUGAGCUGGUGGCCCCCAGUGACCCUGCGUUCUGAACUCACUGUGGCAGCCGCAGUCCUGGUGCUGUUGGUGAUUGUGAUCAUCUCACUUAUUGUCCUGGUUGUCAUUUGGAAGCAGAAACCAAGGUAUGAAAUUCGCUGGCGGGUCAUUGAAUCAAAGCCCGAUGGACAUGAAUAUAUUUAUGUGGACCCGAUGCAGCUGCCUUAUGACUCGAGAUGGGAGUUUCCAAGAGAUGGACUAGUGCUUGGUCGGAUCUUGGGAUCUGGUGCAUUUGGGAAAGUGGUUGAAGGAACAGCCUAUGGAUUAAGCCGGUCCCAGCCUGUGAUGAAGGUAGCGGUGAAGAUGCUCAAACCCACAGCCAGGUCCAGUGAGAAACAAGCUCUCAUGUCUGAGCUGAAAAUAAUGACUCACCUGGCCCAUUUAAACAUCGUGAACUUGCUGGGAGCCUGUACGAAGUCAGGCCCCAUUUACAUCAUCACUGAGUACUGCUUCUAUGGGGAUUUGGUCAACUAUUUGCAUAAGAAUAGGGAUAGCUUCUUGAGCCACCACCCAGAAAAGCCGAAGAAAGAGCUGGACAUCUUUGGAUUGAACCCAGCUGAUGAGAGCACACGGAGUUACGUGAUUUUGUCUUUUGAAAACAAUGGUGACUACAUGGACAUGAAGCAAGCUGACACCACUCAGUAUGUGCCCAUGCUAGAAAGGAAAGAGGUCUCUAAGUAUUCAGACAUCCAGAGAUCACUGUACGAUCGUCCAGCCUCGUAUAAGAAGAAAGCUGUGUUAGACUCGGAAGUCAAAAACCUCCUUUCAGAUGAUAACUCAGAAGGCCUUACUUUGUUGGAUUUGUUGAGUUUCACCUAUCAAGUUGCCCGAGGAAUGGAAUUCUUGGCUUCAAAAAAUUGUGUCCACAGGGACCUGGCUGCUCGCAAUGUCCUCUUGGCACAAGGGAAAAUCGUGAAGAUCUGUGACUUUGGCCUGGCCAGAGACAUCAUGCAUGACUCGAACUACGUGUCAAAAGGCAGUACCUUCCUGCCAGUGAAGUGGAUGGCUCCUGAGAGCAUCUUUGACAACCUCUACACCACCCUGAGUGACGUCUGGUCUUACGGCAUUCUGCUCUGGGAGAUCUUUUCUCUCGGUGGCACACCCUACCCUGGCAUGAUGGUGGACUCUACUUUCUACAAUAAGAUCAAGAGUGGGUACCGGAUGGCCAAGCCCGACCAUGCCACCAGUGAAGUCUACGAGAUCAUGGUGCAGUGCUGGAACAGUGAGCCUGAGAAGAGACCCUCCUUUUACCACUUGAGUGAGAUAGUGGAGAAUCUGCUGCCUGGACAAUAUAAAAAGAGUUACGAAAAGAUUCACCUGGAUUUCCUAAAGAGUGACCACCCUGCCGUGGCACGCAUGCGUGUGGACUCAGAUAAUGCAUACAUUGGCGUCACCUACAAAAAUGAAGAGGACAAGCUAAAGGACUGGGAGGGUAGCCUGGAUGAGCAGAGACUGAGUGCUGACAGCGGCUACAUCAUCCCUCUGCCCGACAUCGACCCUGUUCCUGAGGAGGAAGACCUGGGCAAGAGGAACAGACACAGCUCACAGACCUCUGAAGAGAGUGCCAUUGAGACAGGUUCCAGCAGUUCCACCUUCAUCAAGAGAGAGGAUGAGACCAUCGAGGACAUCGACAUGAUGGAUGACAUUGGCAUAGACUCCUCAGACCUGGUAGAGGACAGCUUCCUGUAACUGCAGAUUCCAGGUGUAGCCUCCCUUCCUGGGGCUACCUUUGAAUCCCUUUAAGAAAACCACUUUACUACAAUGCAAAGGUUGAGAGGACUUGGAUGAAGAGAAUUUCCUAGCCCAGGGUGUUGGGGAGCUUUCUAAAUCUGAAUGAAUGGGAUACUUUGAAAUGAACUCUUCAGCAUUGCCUCUUGCAGUGCAUCACUAGCAUCUCAGUGGUGUGUGAAGGUUGGAAAUAGAUGGACGGGAAUAAGAGGCCACCGAAGACUGUGCGUUUCAAGGGCAUUGGAGAGAUUCCCACAUACACAAUUUGUACUGCUACAAAGCUGUAGCAUUGUAAUUAUGUAAAUAACGCUAACCGAGGAUGUGUGUAGGUUUGUAUUAACUAUCUUCUUUGGACUUCUGAAGAGAUCACUCAACCCAUCCAUAUACUUUCUCCCAAAACCUGGUAUCAGCUGCUGUUGAAUUUUCUUAU